AAACCGAUCAAAAAACUCAAGCAUUUUAGUUUUAAAUUACUAACAAUGAGGCUUUACCUCUUUUACUAUUUUUUGUGCUUAGCAACUAUAGCAACAUCUCAAGAUGUUGAUUCUAAUAUUAAGUCUGCGAAAGAUGACAAAGGUAUUGUUCAGUCUUUAUCUAUUGUGAAUGUAAGUGCUCUUGAGGAUUCUAAGAUUGCGGAGUAUUCAUUGAACGGAGAAGCUGUGGUAAUUGAUCCUAAAGUUAAUGAUGAAUCAAUGAUAUGCUUGCCUAAUCCAUGCUAUGAUUUACCACCUUUUGCUACUUUUCCCGAUCCAUACGAUCCUACCAAAUUCUAUAUAUGUAAAGAUAAAAAGCCAAUACCUAUGAAAUGUUUAGAUGGGAUGGAAUUCGAUAAUAAAUUAAAACUCUGCGUGAAAGUUUCAGAUCCUGACUGUAACAUCUGUAAGAAGGAUGGAACUUAUCCGACUUUAAAUGUAGGUAACGAUUAUGAAUUUUGCGUAUGCGUCGAUGGUGUAUGUACGAAAAUCGAAUGUCCCAAGGACUCUCCCUAUAACCCAGACAUAGGCAUGUGUUAUUCGAAUGCUCCUUGUGACCCAACUUUCUGCUUAAAUAACAAAGACUAUGAAGUGUCGGAAAAUCGCAAUGAUACCAAAAGUUUCUGUAUGUGUAUUGAUGAAGAACCCAUUAUUGUCAAUUGUCCCAAUAAUGGUACAUUUAAUCCAUAUAUUAAAAAAUGUUCGGAAUAUGAAAGUUCGCCCAAAUGCUUACAAUCCAUGUGCGUUGAUCCCAAAAACAAUCUGAAGACUUUUAAUCCCAUCGAUCCUAAAAAAAGUAAUGGUGUGUGUGUUUGCAGGCAACAAAUUGCCACAUAUGAACCCUGUAGUUAUGGUAGUACCCUAAAUACCGAGUUAACUAUAUGUCAAUUAGCAGAGAUUAAUUGCAAUUCUUAUCAGUGUCGCGAUUUACCAGAUAAAACCAAAAUACAAGCAUUGACCACAUACAACGGUUAUUGUGAAUGUGUUAUGGGUAUUGCCACCUAUUAUAAUUGUCCCAAUAAUGGUGAAUUUAAUGUAAAUACCGAAAAAUGCGAAACACCGAUUUGUGAUUUAACAAAAUGUGAAAUCGAAGAACAACACAUACCAGCCUCAAAUACAACCGAUGGUUAUUGUGACUGUAAGACUGGCAGCUAUACACCUUGUCCUGAUGGUGAAAAAUUCGGUAAAUUUGAUUUUUGCGAGAAACCAUGUGUCGAUCGAUUGUGUAGUGGCAAACCGGAUCAAUAUCUCAUACCAUCUACCGUUAAUGCUCAUAGUUUCUGUAUUUGCCAUACGACACAAGUUGGAAUGCAGAUCGCAAGUUAUGAGGAAUGUAAUCCUAAAAGUUAUUUAUUCGAUGAAACCAAACAAAUGUGUGUGGCAAAUAGUGCGACAUUAUGCGGUACUGAUGUAUGUGGCUUUAAUCUUGGACCUAGACCAGCUAAAGAUAAUCUAAACGGUUUCUGCUUGUGUACAAAACCAGACGAUAAACCGAUAUAUAAGGAAUGUUUGAAUGGAAUUUAUGAUGACAGCGUAAAGACAUGUUUAAAAACAACAGAAGAUGUUUGUGAUUUUACAAAGUGUAAUUUGCCCAACCAACGGAUAGCUGCCUCGAAUACAACCGAUGGUUAUUGUGAUUGUACGAAGGGCUAUGUGGCUUGUCCUGUAGGUACGAAAUUUGGAAAAUAUUUAAUUUGUAUGGAGCCAUGUGCUGUUAAAUUAUGUACUGGGAAGGAAAAUGAUUAUGUCAUAGAGUCUAGUGUGAAUGACAAUAGCUUCUGUGUUUGCCAAACGAUCGCCACUUAUGAAGAGUGUAAACCUAAAGGCUUUAUUUUCGACAAAACCCAAGGAACAUGUGUACCAAAUUCAGAGGAAUUAUGUGGUACUGAACUUUGCUCUUAUAUGGGAUCAAAACCUGCUAAAGAUACAUCAACUGGUUUUUGUUUGUGUACAAAAGAAGGAGAUAAACCUAAAUUUGUUAAAUGCUUGGAAGGCACAUAUGAUGACAACCAAAAAAUAUGUAUAAAAAUUAAGAGUGUAUAUAGGGAGAAAAUGUUCGAAAUGUUCAAAGUACGAAGUGCUUUGUGUUUGCUGGGCCUAAGCAUCGUAAUGGGCCCUGCUUUGGCUGCCGAUAUUUGCGAGUAUCAAAUGAAUGGAGUACGUUUGGCUCAUCCAGCGGAUUGUAAUAAGUUUGUGGUGUGUGAGAAUGGCAUUAGUGAACGUAUUGUUAAUUGUCCCUUGGGAUUACACUUCAAUCGUUUUAAAGGAGAGUGUGAUUUAAGGCAACGGGCUUACUGUGAUAUGGAGUAUAUAAAUUUGGCUAUUGAGAAUCCAGAUUGUUCAGCUUGUUGUGCUCAAUUUGGAUGCGUUAUAAAUCCAGAAUGUCCAGUUACACCGGCGACACCUGAAACACCAGCUACUCCAGAAACUCCUACACCGGAGUGUCCUGUAACUCCUGCAACGCCUGAGACACCAGAAACUCCAGCCACUCCUGAAACACCGGAAACUCCAGCUACACCGGAAACUCCUUCUUCACCGGCAACUCCUGCUACACCGGAAACUCCGGCUACACCUGAAACUCCAGCUACACCUGAAACUCCUGAAACACCAGCUACUCCCGAAACACCAGCUACUCCCGAAACACCUGCCACUCCCGAAACACCAGCCACUCCCGAAACACCUGCUACUCCCGAAACUCCUGCUACACCCGAAACACCUGGCACCGAGACCAACUGUUCUAAUAACAUAACCGAUUGUCUGGACAAACCUGAUGGCAAUGUUUCAUAUGUCGAUGGUACCUGUAAUCAAUAUAUAGUUUGUGUUGGCGGUUGUGCCAAUAUCAUCACCUGCCCCAAUAAUUUACAAUAUAAUCUGACGACUCAGAAGUGUGAUUAUCCCGAAAAUGUUGAUUGUCCCUGGCAGUCAACACCUCCCGCAACUGGACCAUCGGGUAUAGCAUGUGCACAGCCCGGUAAAUGUGCUGGUCAACCGGAUGGCACAAUGUUUGCUGAUUCUAAAGGCAGCGGCUAUAUUGUGUGUCAGUGUGAGUGUGAGAUAGAGAGACCUUGUCCCAAUGGUACGAAGUUUGAUGAACAGCUUUUAACUUGUGCUCAUAAGGAGGGAGGUGGUGAUGAAAGCGGAAGUGGUAAUGGAAGCGGUAGUGGAAAUGAAAAUGGCAGUGGUAGUGGAAAUGGAAGCGGCAGUGGAAAUGGAAGCGGUAGUGGAAAUGAAAAUGGCAGUGGUAGUGGAAAUGGAAGCGGCAGUGGAAAUGGAAGCGGCAGUGGAAAUGAAAGCGGCAGUGGAAAUGGAAACGGCAGUGGCAAUGAAAAUGGAAGCGGCAGUGGAAAUGGAAGCGGCAGUGGAAAUGGAAGCGGCAGUGGAAAUGGAAACGGCAGUGGCAAUGAAAAUGGAAGCGGCAGUGGUAAUGGCAGUGAAAGUGGUAACGGCAAUGGCAGCGAAAGUGGAAAUGGCAGUGGUAAUGGAAGCGGCAGUGGUAAUGGAAGUGGUAGUGGUAAUGGCAGCGAAAAUGGUAACGGCAAUGGCAGCGAAAGUGGUAGUGACAAUGAAACCCCAGCAAAUAUUACUUGCUCUAAUGAUGUUCAAAUCUGUAAAAAUGAAACCGAAGGAACACUAUUUCCCGUCGAUGGAGCCUGUAAUAAAUUCUACAAAUGCAACUAUGGUUGUGCUGUCGAAAUACUUUGUCCCAAUAAUCUUGUCUACAAUCCCACCACCGAAUACUGUGACUAUCCACAAAACUAUAAAUGUCCUUGGCCAUAUCAACCACCAUCAGGACCCACUGCCGGUCCAUCGGGUAUUGCAUGUCUCAACGGUGGACGUUGUGUGGGUCAAGCUGAGGGCACGAUGUUCCCCUCACUGAACAGUUGCUCUAAGUAUGUGAUAUGUCAAUGUGAGUGUGAGGUAGAGAUGAAUUGUUCGAGCGGUCUGUACUGGGAUCAACAAUUGUUGACCUGUAAUUAUCCUCAAAAUGUUAAUUUUGGCAGUGUUAUUCUGCUAUUGGUUAGUCUAAGCUUAGCCUUAGCUAGCGGCCCGAAAUUAGCUUCACCUGAGAUCACUGGACCUUCGGGCGUAGCGUGUGCUCAAUCCGGCAGGUGUGCCGGUCAAUCGGAUGGUGUUAUGUUUGCUAGUACUAAGACUAAUGGAUUUGUUGUAUGCCAAUGUGAAUGUGAAAUCGAAAGACCCUGCCCGGUUGGUACUAAAUUUGAUGAAAAACAACAAACAUGUGUUCAUGUGAAUGAGAGUGGCACUGGCGGUACUACAGGUCCUUCGGGUGUUACUUGCGCACAGCGCGGAAAAUGUGCAGGUAGACCGGAUGGCACUAUGUUUGCUAGUUCGAAGGGCAAUGGCUAUACUGUGUGUCAGUGUGAGUGUGAGAUUGAUAUGCCCUGUCCUGUUGGUACUAAGUUUGAUGAAAAACUGCAAACUUGUGAUCAUGAGGGUGAUAAUGGAAGUGGUGGUCAGGUAUCUUGUCCUUCUGGUGUAACCUGUACCAAACCUGGUAAAUGUGCCGGUCAAGCCGAUGGCACUAUUUUUGCUGAUCCCAAGAGCAAUGGUUAUAUCGUUUGUGAAUGUGAGUGUGAGACUAAAAAAUCAUGUCCUGCCGGUUCUAAGUUUGAUGAUAAGUUACUGAUGUGUGUUCCUGAGACUGUAUCUUGUCCUUCUGGUAUAACCUGUACCAAACCUGGUAAGUGUGCCGGUCAAGCCGAUGGUACUAUUUUUGCUGAUCCCAAGAGCAAUGGUUAUAUCGUUUGUGAAUGUGAGUGUGAGACUAAAAAAACAUGUCCUGCCGGUUCUGAGUUUGAUGAUAAAUUACUGAUGUGUGUUCCUGAAACUGUAUCUUGUCCCUCUGGUAUAACCUGUACCAAACCUGGUAAGUGUGCCGGUCAAGCCGAUGGCACUAUUUUUGCCGAUCCCAAGAGCAAUGGUUAUAUUGUUUGCGAAUGUGAGUGUGAAGUUAAAAAAACAUGUCCUGCCGGUUCUAAGUUUGAUGAUAAAUUACUGAUUUGUGUUCCUGAGGAUGUAUCUUGUCCUUCUGGUAUAACCUGUACCAAACCUGGUAAGUGUGCCGGUCAAGCCGAUGGUACUAUUUUUGCUGAUCCCAAGAGCAAUGGUUAUAUCGUUUGUGAAUGUGAGUGUGAGACUAAAAAAACAUGUCCUGCCGGUUCUAAGUUUGAUGAUAAAUUACUGAUGUGUGUUCCUGAGACUGUAUCUUGUCCCUCUGGUAUAACCUGUACCAAACCUGGUAAGUGUGCCGGUCAAGCCGAUGGCACUAUUUUUGCCGAUCCCAAGAGCAAUGGUUAUAUUGUUUGCGAAUGUGAGUGUGAAGUUAAAAAAUCCUGUCCUGCCGGUUCUAAAUUUGACAACCAAUUACUGAUUUGUGUGCCUGUGAAUGAGGGUGGUGAAGGUAGUGGUAAUGAAAUUGGAAAUGGAAAUAGCACCAACGUAAUUUGUAAAAAUGAUGUCAAAAUCUGCAACGAACAACCCGAAGGCACUCUAUUCCCCGUUGAUGGUGAAUGCAAUAAAUUUUACAAAUGCAACUAUGGUUGUGCUGUCGAAAUACUUUGCCCCAAUAAUCUUAUCUACAAUCCUAUCAAAGAAUACUGUGACUAUCCACAAAACUAUAAUUGUCCUUGGCCAUAUCAGCCACCUUCUGGUCCCACUGCUGGUCCAUCAGGCAUUGCCUGUCCCAAUGGUGGACGUUGUGUUCGUCAAGCUGAGGGCACUAUGUUUCCCUCACUGAACAGUUGCUCUAAGUAUGUGAUAUGUCAAUGUGAGUGUGAGGUAGAGAUGAAUUGUUCAAGCGGUUUAUACUGGGAUCAACAAUCUUUGACUUGUAAUUACCCUCAAAAUGUAAAUUGCAAAUUAUAAGCUAAUAAGAAAUCAAAUUUUUUUUAAUCAAUUAAAAUUAUUACGAAAUCAAUAAAGUUAUUGCAAUUUA